AUAUUACUUCUAAAUACGUGAGUACAAAAUAAAUAUAAAAUGGCUGAAGAAAAAACAGAAAAUAGCCCAUCCGCCGAGGGAGAAAAAAAAAUAAACGAGACAAAUUCUCCAACUAAAACUGAACAAAGCGAUGGUAAAGAUAUCCAAAUCGAAGAAAAAAAAAUCGAAGAAAACAAUGAAUCCGAAAAAGUUAAUGAAAAUGAUGACAGCAAACAGACAUCUGAACCAAAGUCUAUGCGUGCUAUUGUCCUUAACAACUUUGGUAGUCUUAAAAAUGUCAAAGUUUUCAAGAAACCGGAACCUACUCCAAGUCAAGACGAAGUUCUUAUUAAAGUUAAAAUAUGUGGUUUGAAUUUCCAAGACUUAAUGGUUAGACGAGGCACCUUUGAUUUACCAUCCAAGCCACCUUUUAUCAUGGGAUCAGAAUGUGCAGGUGAAAUUGAAAUGAUCGGUGAAGGUGUUACUAAUUUCAAAGUUGGCGAUCGUGUUGUUGCUUUGCCAGAUUACAAAGGAUGGGCUGAACUUGUUACAGUUCCAGAAACUGCAGUUUUCAAAUUACCUGAAAACAUGAGUUACAGUGAUGCAGCCGCAAUCACUAUGAAUUACGUAGUCGCAUAUAUAAUACUUUUUGAUUUGUCUUGCCUUACUCCAGGAAAGAGUCUUCUUGUCCACAGUGCUGGAGGUGGAGUAGGACAAGCAGUUGUUCAAUUGGCUAAAACUGUAAAAGAUGUUAAAGUGUUUGGAGUAUGUAGCAAGUCAAAGCAUGAAGAACUUAAAUCUGAAAAUAAUAUUGAUUAUUUGCUAGAACGGGGAUCAGAUUAUUGCAGUGAAGUUCGAAAAGUUUUACCCGAAGGCGUGGAUAUUGUGUUGGAUUGUAUGUAUGGUGAAGAGUACAACAAAUGUUACUCUCUGUUGAAGCCAAUGGGUCGAUACAUUCUCUACGGAUCAAAUAAUCUUUUUACUGGUGAAACUAAAAGUUUCUUUUCUGUUGCCCGAUCCUGGUGGCAAGUCGACAAAAUCUCACCCAUUAAACUCUUUGAUGACAACAAAACCAUUACUGGCUUCAACCUGCGUCACUUGAUGCAUCAACAAGGAGGCCAUAGUUUUGUUAAAAAUGCUGUGGAUCAAGUAUUCAAGUUGUGGGCCGAUGGUUAUAUUAAACCUAAAAUUGAUUCAACAUGGGCUCUAGAGAAUGUAACUGACGCAAUGCAGAAAAUGCAUGACCACAAAAAUAUUGGUAAAAUAGUGCUUGAUUUAAGUCUCGAGCCAAAAAUUAAAGUUGCCCCAGUUAACAAAGGUAAAGUAAAAGACAAAAAGAAUGCUAACCAAGAUGAAAAACAAGAAUCUCAGACAGAGCCAGAGGAAAAUGAAAAGAAAACGGAAGCAGAGCCGAAAAAUGACCAAAAUGAAGAUGCGUCUGAUAAUGCCGUGAAAGAAAAUGAGUCCAGCUGA